AUUUAAAACAUUUCAAACACUUUUAUUUAUCACAAUAAUAUUUUUCAUAAUAUAAACAGUACGGAGUUUUCAAUAUUGCGGAAGCUUAACAAUCAUAAUCACAAACAUAAUUUAUUUAUGUUCUUUAAUUCAAAACCAUCACAUCCAUUCCGACAAUCUCGCCUCUGUCUGCCUCCAGGAUCACGUCACUUCAUUAUUCUGCGUGUAGCAAAUAAAACAUACUACACGCUCAGCGUUGAGGCUGAUUUUAGAGACUAUAUGUAUCACGAUUAUGGAAAGAGUAUCUCACAUUCUCACAUUAUGGAAGGAACUUCUCGAACACUUCCUUACACCAUAAGAUUCGUUGGUUUACUUUGCAGUCAUUCUCUUGGUAAAAAUCCAAAGUUUAUGGCUACUGCAGUAGAUUUAGGAAGAGAAUUGUUAAGACGAAAAAUUAAACUUGCCUAUGGAGGAGGUAGUGUUGGCCUUCAAGGAGCUGUUGCUUCAACAGUCUUUACCAAUGGUGGUCUUGUUAGAGGUUUCAUUCCUGGGUACCUAGCAACACGACGGGUCUAUGGACCUACGUACGGUGUAGAGCACACAGUUUCCAGUAAUUACUACAAAUAUUUUGAGAUGAAUCAUGCCGUGGAAGCUUUCAUUGUUCUUCCCGGAGGAGUUGACACCAUGGAAGGUUUGUUCACCUUGAUCUCGUUGGCUUCUGAAGGGUUACACAAUAGAUCCAUUGGUCUUUUAAACAUUGACGGUUAUUUCAAUAACCUUCUCAAAUUCUUAGACGAUGCGGUGAGGCAGAACUUCAUGGCUUCCAGUCAGAGGAAACUUUUUAUUUCUUCUUUCUCUGUUGACGAGCUUUUAGACAAACUAGAGUUUGCUAAAGCUUUCUUGGGACCUGGGGUUAGUUAUGAUGAGUUUGUGAAUCCUGGGAGAUUAGACUUAGAAUUGCAUUUGUAACAUUCCUCUUGUAAUCCAAGUUGUAUCUUGUGUUGCAAUGAUAUUAUCCAUAAAUCUUCUCCUAGGCUGUAUGGCUAGUGCGAGCUACAUUUUCUUCAUUCUUCAGUCUUUCACUGUUGGUGUGCCACAUCGUGAUCUUUCAUGUUAAUAGCUAAUACAAAUGAGUCCAUUUCAAAGUAAGGAGUAGCGAUUCUUGAUCGUGAAUUUGUUCAAGUUUCCUAACAGAGAAUAGUUAGUAUCCUGACCGUAAGUCAAUCUUAGAGAACACAAUAGAUCCUCUAAGAUGAUCAAAUAAGUCAUGAUACAAAGUAAAGGAUAAGGAUUUGU